AUGGGACUAGGGAUUGAGCCGCGGGAAUCAGAUCAUGUCUUUGCUUGCUACACAAGCUUGUUGCAGAUUAAGAAACAGAGCGAAACAGAGGAAGAUGAGAAGAUGAUGAAGUGCGAGGUACUCAAAUGCGGUUUCAGUAUGGUGUUUGAACUCGAGGGAACUAAUGAUCAUGAUAACGUCUCUUGGGAAGUGAGCUCUGAUGAACCUUUAAUGGUGGAUAACUCUGAUGAAUCUCCAAUGGUGGAUGAUCACAUUAUCCAAGAAUCGGAUGUCAUUUCCAUAGACGGACAAGGCUCUGAUUAUGAUGAAGGCCAACAAGAAGAACAAACAUCUUGCAUGGCAAUGCCAAUCUUGGAUCAAGCAAUGACGCAGUGCAAAACAUUGGUGAUGAAGCAUCUCCAAACGUUGCAGCUACAACAGAGAUUCAACAUCAAUGUAACUCUGGUGCUAUUGUAA